AUGACAGACUUUAGUGUUAAAUUUGUCUCCAAGAAAAUUAACAAAAUUCGUUGGCGGCCCAAAGCUGACGUGAAAUCGCCACCUUCAACCACUUUCGCUACGGGAAGUUGGGAUGAUCAGCAAAACAGUGUAUGCUUGUGGCAGAUCCAUGGCAGAAUAGCCGCUAUACAGAAAGACAGUCCUGAGUCAGCCUUGGAACAUGAACCUCAAAAAGUCCAUGAGAAAUCGCAUGUGGGGGAUGUCCUGGACAUGCAGUAUGUGUCCCGGGACUAUCUGGCUGUGGCGUCAUCGACUGGAGAUGUGACGCUGAUGAAGCAUCUCCCAAAUACAGAGGCUUUGAGCACAAUUUUUUCAUGGGAAAACCUGCACCACUUUGCAUCCGGUGCCAAUGCUCCUUGCACUUGCCUGGCAACAAGGGGAGAUGAUUGGAUUGCCACAGGUGGCGAGGAUGGCCAGAUUGUUGUGGUGGCCAUUGGCCAGAAGUACCCAUUGCAGACUAUAGAGAAGGCAGACAGCUGUACAAUAAAUGCCCUGACCUUCCUGAAACAGACAGAGAUUUUAGCAGUCAACUCGUUCGGCCAGCUGAAGACCUUUGACUUGAGACAAGCAUCCAACAAGCAUGCACAGAUAUUUUCUGUGACAGAAAACCAUGUACCCUUGUUGUGUGCCGACAAACAUCCCGGCCAGGAACAUAUUGUAGCAACUGGCGGAGGAGACGGAAUGCUGACCAUCUGGGACUUGAGGCAGGAAAAGUUCCCCAUGACUCUGCUGGAGGCACAUUCUGGUCCAAUGUGGGAAGUCAAGUUCCAUCCACACAACCCCAACCACCUAUUCACGUGUUCCGAUGAUGGGUCACUGUGGCACUGGGAUGGGUCCGCUUUUACCUCCGACCCUCUGCCUGGUUUCUUGUCAAGUAAAG